AUCCCUUGAAUGUCUCUCUCCCUCUCAACAGGAAAAACAAGAGCAAAAGAAGGAUCUAAUUCAAUAUAGUGAAAAAUAAGAAGAUACGCACCUCUGAGGCUGAGCUCGUUCACAGUCAAAAAUAAUAAAUUCUCGAUCUGAAAACAAAAAAAACUACUUGUUCUAGGGCUUGACAGCAAUGGCGAUGGCAGCUGCUUUUAGACGCGAAGGAAGGAGAUUUGUCUCCCCUCAACCAAUCACCGCCGUUCGAUCCUCCCUCAUUCCUGAGGACCAUGCCCCUCUUGGAUUACGUUCCAUUUCAACUCAAGUUGUUAGAAAUCGAAUGAAAAGUGUCAAGAAUAUUCAGAAAAUCACGAAGGCAAUGAAGAUGGUUGCAGCCUCAAAGCUGCGAUUAAUUCAAACUAGAGCAGAAAAUUCUCGUGGCCUGUGGCAGCCAUUUACUGCACUUCUUGGAGAUGCUCCUAGUGUUGAUGCAAAGAAGAAUGUGAUUGUCACUGUAUCCUCAGACAAAGGUCUGUGUGGCGGAAUUAACUCUACAGCAGUCAAGAUCAGCAGGGCCUUUAACAAGUUGACAUUAAGUCCUGAGAAAGAAACAAAAUAUGUCAUAUUGGGAGAAAAGGCAAAGGCUCAGUUGAUACGUGAUUCAAAAAAGAACAUUGCAAUAUGCAUGACAGAGUUGCAGAGGAAUCCUCUGAAUUAUACCCAGGUCUCUGUUCUUGCAGACGACGUCUUAAAGAAUGUGGAAUAUGAUGCUUUGAGAAUUGUCUUCAACAAGUUCCAGUCAGUGGUCUCAUUUCUACCAACUAUGGCAACUGUAUUAUCACCUGAGGUUGUGGAGAGAGAGGCUGAAUCUGGUGGUAGGCUUGGUGAUCUUGAUUCCUAUGAGAUUGAAGGUGGUGAAACAAAGGGUGAAAUUCUUCAGAAUCUUGCCGAGUUCCAAUUUUCUUGUGUUCUGUUCAAUGCGGUAAUGGAGAGCGCUUGCAGUGAGCAGGGUGCUAGAAUGUCUGCCAUGGAUAGCUCAAGCAGAAAUGCUGGAGAUAUGCUUGAUCGGCUGACACUGACUUAUAACAGAACUCGUCAAGCAUCUAUCACAACAGAGUUGACUGAGAUUAUAUCUGGAGCAGCUGCGCUUGAGGGUUAAAAUUGAAGAUAUCAUACCUUGGGUUUUUCAGAUAGUGAUGAAUAAGAUUAAUAGCAAAGGCUUGGAGCUUCAAGAUGCUAGCUUUUGAGAUUUUUGUUGAGACUAUAAUAAUCCCCCGGCAUUGUUUUCUGUUUCUGGGAAUUAAAAAAUAAGUUAUACGGUGGUUAUGGUUUACUUUUA